AUGGUCGGCGUGAACGCGGUGCGCGCCGCCGAGCUGCCCGUGGUCGUCGUAGUGCCGGACGUGGCGCGGUCUGCGGCGGCGGCCGAGCCUGAGCCGGCGCAGCUGUUCGCGUGCCACUACUGCCGGCGGCAGUUCUAUAGCUCGCAGGCGCUCGGCGGGCACCAGAACGCGCACAAGCGCGAGCGCACGCUGGCCAGGCACCGCGCCGACGCGGAGCCGCCUCUCGUGCUCGCCCACCAUGCGCGCGCGCAUGGCGGGGCGCCGCCGUUCGCCGUCCACGGCGCCUUCGUGCCGCCACCGGCAAUCUCAGCGCCGGCGUUGGAGUGGAUGCGCGCGCCGAGCGGCCGGCCUCUACCGGUGGCGGUGGCCGGCGGCGAGCGGUGGUUGACUGGCGGGUACGUUGACAGCCCAGGGGCUGGACAGGAAGAGAUGCCUAAGCUUGAUUUGACAUUGAAGUUGUGA